AAUAAACCUAGUAAGACACAAAAAAAAAAAAAAAAAAUAGUUCGUUCAAACCCAAAUUGUUCAUCCCGUUUCUCUCGCGCAAUAUAAUACCAAAUUGCUCUCAUAUUUUCUCCAUCCAAUAAAACAAGCAAAAUUGGUCUGUUAAUGAAUGUGCCUGUUUGUUUUAUAGACAAAAAUCCUCCCUUUUUCCUUCUGUGGUGGAACAAAGCAAGCGAUUCUGGAUAUCUCUAAUCUGUUCAUCUUCUCCUGCUAUCUCUCGGAUCUGCUGAUUUAUGGAGAAAACCACGAGGCCCAACUGGAUAUUUAAGAAACACAGGGUUCAUAAAGAAGGAUUGUGUUUGGAGGAUCAAAUUAGCGGGCUUCCUGAUGAAGUCCUUGUUUCAAUAUUGUCACUAUUGACAAUGAAAGAAGCCGCAAGAACUAGUCUUCUAUCAAAGAGAUGGAGGUAUAUGUGGACACACAUUAAAGGUUUGAACUUUGAUGCUUUACAUAUUAUAUAUGAAGUGCUAUUGGGAGAUAAGGAACUUGAAGUAGAAAGGCCUUUGUAUUUGAGUUGGAUAAAUCAAGUUUUGAAAUUGUACAAUGGUCCAACUAUAGAUGAAUUCAGAGUUCAAUUUAAUCUUGAUGAAAGUUGUGAAUUUGAUAUUGACAAUUGGGUUAAUUUUGCAAUAGAAAAGAGAGUUAAAAGGCUUGAGUUAGAUUUCUUUGAAGGUCGGGGAAGGACUGAGGGUUACAAUUUUCCAUGCACGGAUAGUAUUACAAAUCACCUGCAUUCAUUGUCUCUUGGGUUUACUAGUUGCAACUCUCUGACCAAUCUCCUGCUGGCACACGUGAAUGUAACUGGACAAGUUCUCGAGUAUUUCUUAACUAACUGUCCAUUUUUGGAACAAUUGUCUGUGCGAGACUCUGGCUCUCUCGUAAAUCUGAAAGUUCCUGAUUUAUCACUCAAAUUGAAGCGCUUGGAGAUAUUAUACUGUUUCAAUGUGGAAAGUAUUGAGAUUUUUGCAAUGAAUCUCGUGUCAUUUAAGUACUUCGGACGAAAAAUAAACUUGCCAUUUAAGAGUGUCCAAGAGCCUGUUGAAAUGCGUAUUGGGGGUGAUUAUUGCAAACAUCUAAUUUAUAACCUUGUGGGGAUUUCAACCUUUCUUUCUAAGCUAGAGAGCCUUACGUUGGGCUUGACCUUCCCCAAGAGUAGCAUUCAGUUUGCUAAAUUUCCUGUAUUUAAGAAGCUCAAGCAACUGGAGUUGGUAAUUACCGCACGUGAUGAUGCAAGCCUUAUUGACUUUGCUCCCCUGAUAGAGGCAUGCCCUUUCUUGUAUAAAUUUGUCUUGCAGUUGCAUUGGGUUGAUCCCAUUCUGAGAAGAAAGCGGCGAAGGGUUGCAUCUUCGCCCCAUCUGUACCUUAAGGUGGUGGAAUUGAUUGGGUUUGUUGGGCGUACGAUUGAUGUUGAGCUUGCAAUGUAUUUAAUCAAAGGUGCUGUCAUGCUCGAGAAGAUUACUCUUGAUACUCGCGAACCUCUUCUUGAAGGAACUCCAUGGGAGUUUGAGGAGACCAAGAAGAGAGUAGCAGCGAGAAAGCGUGCCCAGAAGCUUGGAGCCGAACUUCCUGCUGGAGCAACUUUAUUAAUCCUUUAAUUAUUUGAUGGUAUGUCGUAAGCUAUUGUUUGUACAUCCUUCUCUAUAAAUUAAUUUGCUAUUGUAAGUUGGAUAGUUCAAUUUUUGGGAAAGCUUUAGAGAGAGAUUUUAAUUAUGGUAA